AUGGCUCCCGUUUUGAAAAAGUACAAGGCCGCAGCUGUUAACGCUGAGCCUGGAUGGUUCAACCUUGAGGAGUCUGUCAAGCGUACCAUUCACUGGAUCAAUGAGGCUGGCCAGGCUGGAUGCAAGUUUAUUGCUUUCCCGGAACUUUGGAUCCCCGGGUACCCCUACUGGGCGUGGAAGGUGACAUACCAGGAAAGCCUGCCCCUGCUGAAGAAGUACCGCGAGAACAGUCUCGCCUCGGACUCGGACGAGAUGCGACAAAUCCGCGAGGCAGCUCGGGCAAACAAGAUCUACGUCUCGCUGGGAUACUCGGAGCUGGACCUGGCCAGUUUGUACACGACACAGGUGAUGAUUUCGCCUUCGGGAGACGUUCUCAACCACCGUCGCAAGAUCAGAGCCACGCAUGUUGAGCGGUUGGUGUUUGGUGAUGGAACUGGUGAUACCACCGAAUCCGUGAUCCAAACUGAGAUUGGACGUGUUGGACAUUUGAACUGCUGGGAGAAUAUGAACCCGUUUAUGAAGGCUUAUGCGGCUUCCCUGGGCGAGCAGGUCCAUGUUGCUGCUUGGCCUUUGUACCCCGGCAAGGAGACACUCAAGUACCCUGACCCUUAUACUAAUGUCGCCGAGGCGAAUGCGGAUUUGGUUACCCCCGCUUAUGCCAUUGAAACGGGUACUUUCACCCUGGCGCCCUGGCAGAGCAUCACCGCCGAGGGUAUCAAGCUGAACACCCCCGAGGGCAAGGAGUUGGAGGACCCGCACAUCUACAACGGACACGGUCGUAUCUUUGGGCCCGAUGGUCAGAACCUUGUCGAGCACCCUGACAAGGACUUCCAGGGUCUUUUGAUUGUUGACAUUGACCUUGAUGAGUGCCACCUUACCAAAUCGCUGGCUGAUUUUGGUGGUCACUACAUGCGCCCCGAUCUUAUCCGCCUUCUUGUCGACACCAACCGCAAGGAUCUGGUCGUCCGCGAAGACCGUGUCAAUGGAGGAGUUGCUUACACUCGCACUGCCGACCGGGUUGGUCUCUCUACUCCUUUGGAUACGGCCAAGCCUGUUGCAGACCAGGAGGAGUAA